AUGGAAAUAAAAAAUCAGAUAUUCUUCGUGACUGGAGGCUGCUCGGGACUGGGCUUAGCGGUGACGUAUGAGCUACUCGAACUUCACGGUUUAGUGUGCGUGCUCGAUAGGGAUGAAGAGCAAGGAAACAAUCUGGAAAAAAAGCAUGAUGGUCGGCUGCUCUUUCAAAAAGCCGAUGUACGGUCAGAGUUGGAGAUCCACACUGGCAUAAAGAAAGCUAUUGAGACAUGGCCGGAAAGGACGAUCGGAGGACUAGUUCAUUGCGCCGGCAUCGGGGCCGGAGGUAAAGUCGUCGGUUCGAGGGGGCAAGCCGGUAGCCUUGAAAUCUUCAAGUCGGUGAUUGACAUCAACCUAACUGGGAGCUUCAACGUUGCGCGCUUGGUAGCAUCGGAGAUUGUCAGUCAGAGUCUCCCUAUCAAUAACUCGAAAACAGGCCAGAAAGCAAAAGACGACCAGGGCGUCAUCAUCCUGACGAGCUCGACCAGCUAUCAAGACGGACAGGUAGGACAAGUUGGGUAUGCCGCAAGUAAGGGCGGGGUUGCAAGUAUGAUAUUACCCAUGGCCAGAGAUCUGGCAAGGUUUGGAAUCCGUGUCAAUGCAAUUGCCCCGUCACUCUUCGAUACUAAGAUGGGAAAGAGCGUUUCCCCAGCCGUCAAGGAGAACUUACUCAAGACACUCGAAUAUCCGCUUAGGUUUGGUGAUCCUAGAGAGUUUUCAUCGUUGGUGGUGGAAUGUAUUCGCAAUACUUACCUUAAUGGAACAGUCAUUCGACUUGAUGCUGCUGGGCGAAUGGGCAAAAUAUAA